AACAUUCCAUUCUCUUCUAAAAAGUAAUUGAAUGAACAGAAUGUAUGUAUCAUAGUCGAAGACGUGCAGUAUCACAAUCUCGACGGUAGUCAAAGCAUCUUAGAUACUACUCAAGAGUCUCAUUAAUGGCAGCAAUGGCAUCAAUGAUGAUGAAAUCCUCUGCACUACUCAACUGCGGAGUAAAUCAAAGGAGCUUCGUGGGGCACGUUAACAGGGCGCCUCGCAGGAACCUUCGAGUCAAGUGUAACGCAGAGCAGGUAGAUUCAGAGUCGAAAAAAGCCUCCCCAAGAAACGACAUUCCCUCUGCUUCUACUUCGACACAGUCGGCUCGAAUUCCAACCAGAAGCUCGGAGGCUCCAACACCCCAGAAAAAGGUUAGCACGAAGUUUGGUGACGUGUUCGCAUUCUCAGGGCCAGCACCAGAGACUAUCAAUGGCAGGCUGGCCAUGGUGGGGUUUGUUUCGGCAGUUGCAGUUGAGUUAGCUAGCAUAGAAGAUCUGGUGACUCAGCUCAACAGUGGAGGGUUGCCGUGGUUUGUUUAUAGUGUAGUUAUGUUGUCGAUUGCGUCAUUGGUGCCCAUGUUUGAGGGAAUAUCGGCGGAGAGCAAGUCGCAGCCAAUAUUUUCAUCCUCGGCAGAAAUGUGGAACGGGCGUUUAGCUAUGAUUGGUCUUGCGGCGUAGGCUGUCACCGAGUUUGUUAAGGGGUCCUCUUGUAUAAUUAAUAUGAUCUUCUACAAUUGCACGA